CACACAUGAAAACAUACCAAAGAGAUGAGGCCACAGGUUGCUUACAAGCCAUUAGACAAUUUAUCACCACACAAUUGUCUUCUAGUUUCCCUCCCCCUAUAUAUAGCCCUGUCUCUAUAUACACUUUUUGCAGAGACACACACACAAACAAUGGUUCAUUUGGUUUCUCUAUCCAAAGCAAUGCUCUUCCUAACCACAUCAACAAUUCUUCUAUUAUCAGUCUUUCUCUCAUCAAUUGAUCAGAUUAAAAUUGUCUCCGAUUUGUUUCAAACCCAGAAGUUAUCUGCUAGUGACAAGCAUAUCAUUCCAAUUGUGGACGCAGUUGGGCCUGAGAGCUUGGCCUUUGACCCACACGGCGGAGGUCCAUACACGGGCGUAUCGGACGGCCGGAUCAUCAAGUGGCUACAAAAUGAACGGCAGUGGAUUGGUUUUGCUGUGACCUCUCUGCAUAGAGAUGGCUGUGAAGGUUCACAUGACCAUGAACAAAUGGAGCACAUUUGUGGGCGCCCAUUGGGCCUCCGGUUCGACCAAAGGUCCGGCCAUCUCUACAUUGCCGAUGCAUAUAUGGGCCUUGCCGUUGUGGGCCCUGAGGGUGGCUUGGCCACCAAGGUUGCAACAGAGGCACAAGGGAUUCCUUUCGGGUUCACCAAUGGUUUGGACAUUGAUCAGAGAAGUGGAGUAGUGUAUUUUACCGACAGCAGUUGGCGUUACCGGAGGAGAAACUACAUCUCUGUGAUAGUUAGCGGCGACAAAACAGGAAGGCUAAUGAAAUAUGAUCCAAAAAGCAAGGAAACAACAAUUCUUCUUGAAAAUCUCACAUAUCCAAACGGAGUAGCACUAAGCAAAGAUGGCGAUUUCAUUCUUGUUGCUGACACCACUAAUUGCAAAAUCUUGAGAUUGUGGCUCAAAUCAUCAAAAUCCGGGAUAGUUGAAGAUUUUGCCCAUCUCCCGGGAUUUCCAGACAACAUUAGGAGGAACCUCAAGGGAGAGUUUUGGGUCGCAAUUCAUGUGAAGAGAUGGAAGAUUUUGAAAUGGCUUCUCUCAUAUCAUUGGGUAGGAAAUACUUUGAUUAAAUUUCCUUUUGACAUUACAAAAUUAUAUUCAUAUCUUCCAAAAUGGAGAGUGUGUGGAUUGGCAGUGAGGUUAAGUGAGGAUGGUGAAGUGUUGGAAAUAUUGGAAGAUAAAAGAAGAAAUGGAUGGAAAUUUGUUAGUGAAGUUGAAGAGAUAAAUGGAAGUUUGUGGAUUGGAUCUAUAAGGAUGCCUUUUGUAGGGAUACAAGAAAGAGUAGUUUUUCAUUACUAUGAAGAGAUGGAUUAUUUUGUAUUAAUGGUCCUAUAUUGUAAAGGGAAGAUAAGGAGGAAAUAG